UAAGCGACGCAUGCGCAGCCGAGAAAAACCAGGGACCUUUGAUUCCAACGGGGGAAUCGCGUCUAAGCGGACCGUUCGCGGGGGGCGCCUCACGGUGCAUUAUGGCGGUUGGCACGGGAACGUCCUUAGUGCUUUCCUCACUGCUCUCUCUCCUGCUCUUCACGGGAAUGCAGAUGUACAGCCGCCAGCUGGCGUCCAGUGAGUGGCUGACCAUCCAGGGGGGCCUGCUGGGCUCCACCCUCUUCAUCUUCUCUCUCACAGCCUUCAACAACCUCGAAAGCUUAAUCUUUGGCAAAGGGUUCCAAGCGAAGAUCUUCCCAGAAAUUGUCAUCUGCCUACUGCUGGCCCUGUUUGUGUCAGGUUUGAUUCAUCGCGUCUGUGUUACCACCUGUUUCAUCUUCUCCAUGGUGGCCCUGUAUUACAUCAACAAAAUCUCCUCCACUCUGUACCAGUCGGCAGCUCCGGUCCCCGUGCCCGCCAAGACCAUCAGCAAAAGCAGGAAGAGGAAUUGAUGCCUGGGGGCCCCCAGCUGGCGGGGGACUGUGGGAAGGAAAGGGGGAUUCCCAGCUCAGCCAAAUCCAAACACCCAAUAAAGUUUUUUUUUUGUAAAGCU